AUGGCUUUUAUCCGUCCGUACAAGCCGAGCGACUGGGCUGCUGCAGCGCACAUUUGCCGAGCGACAUUGCCGCCGUCACUGGACAGGUCGAAGGUGGCGACGCGGCUGGCGCCGUAUCUGUGGACGCACCCGUUUCCGGUGGUGACGCCGCAGCACUGUUUUGUGCUGGACGACGGCAGCGGCCUGGCGGUGGGUUAUGUGAUCGGCUGUGCGGAUGUGCAGGCGAUGGCGGCAGCGUAUGGGAGAUAUGUCAACGUGGUGAGCGGUCACGAGGAUGAGGCUGUCGACAUUGACCCGGCCUUUGUGGCACAGGCACGCGUCGACGUAGGCGAGGCGCCAGCACAGAUCGACCAGCUGGAGCCGUGGACGCUGGAUGUGUCGACUGCUGUCGACGGCGACCGGGUCAACGAGACCUGUCUGAAGCAGUUUCUCUUCAGUCCGCGCUGGCUUCUCCUCGAUAGCGCCCACACGGCGGCCAAGCGGGCACUCGUGGCCGGCCCUGACUACCGCGCCACAAUGCACAUCAACCUGCUGCCGGCGGCACAGGGCGACGGUUGGGGGCGGCGGCUGAUCGAGACCUUUGUCGCGUCCGUGGUGGCAGCUGGGGCGCGUGGCGUGCACAUUGGCAUCUCGGGCGAGAACACGCGGGUCGUGGCGUUUUACGAGAAGUGCGGCUUCCGCGUGGAGCUGGGCGGCGAGGCCGAGGGCAGCGUGUGGAUGGUGCGGGAUCUGAAGGAAUGA